GCGCAAGAGGAUGGAGGAGUAAAAAGGGAAGAAGAAAAACUAGAGGGUGGAGUUGGACGGCUGCUGCAGUCCAUAAAAAAGGAGCUCUGCGCAGGAGAGGCGGUCGCGGGCAGCGAGAAUGGCGUGCUCUCCCUCUCCCCGGCUGCUCCACCGGGCGUCUUCCUCUUCUCCGUUGCUCUCGGUCGGGCAUGUGCGCUCGGCUCCGUCCUCCACGUUCGGAUGGACCAUCCAAUGCAAGCAAUCCGGACAUAUAUUGUAUGGAAGAAGCCAUGUGACAAGCUUCCUGGCUCUUGCUAGUGCAGAUGCACCACAAGGCAAAGGAAGUUCAGGUCAGAAAGUGAUAAUGGUUGAUCCACAGGAAGCUAAGCGCUUAGCAGUGAAACAAAUGCAAGAAAUUCGUGCCAGAGAUAAGCUGAAGAAACGUCAUCAAGCAGAAGCUAUUAACGGCGCAUUGGCGGUGAUAGGAUUGACUGCUGCAUUGGUAUUGGAAGGUCAGACAGGAAAGGGUAUCUUGGGGCAGCUAGCAGGAUAUCUGGCGGCUUUAUCUAGUUUAUUUGGGCAAUAACUGUCACUCUUGGAAGAAUUUUGUAACUUUCCUCGACCAGGAGAGCUCUAAAUCUUACUUGCUGGAUCCAACCAAUUUUCAUAUCUAAUCCAAGCUGGAUGUACAAUAACGCUUGGAUUUGCACGUGAAAUGAUCUACUCGGCUAUUUUUCCUAGACUGAAAAUCAAACAUUGUAUUUAUAUUCUUUUCCAUGUACUCAACAUUCAACAACGUAUUCCCUUCCUUCUGAAAAA